AUGUUUGUCCCAGAAACCGAUGUCGGCUCCGACAUUUGCCUCAAGUUCAGGGGAGGAUCUCCAUCCUCCCUUUCGGAGAUUUCGUCACUAGGUGCCGCAUGGGUUUCGGUGAAGCCAAGCUCGAAGAAUGAUGGCCACACCACACAGGGGCUUUGGGUAUUAGCUGAACUCGGCGGUCAACGCAGCGAGUCCAUCCAAGACACGCUUGACCGUAUUCAGAACGUCACGUGGUUUCGUGGAAGCCUGGCGAAAUACCAGACCCAGAUGACGCUCGGGCUCAUCGCGAAAACGCGUUCCCCCAUCCACUUCACCUCUUCCCACCAACUACCUUCCAUGACUCUGUGGACUGAGUCGCCCCUUCAACCGGCUCUAUCAACCCAUGCCAAACUUGCUUUUGGCCAUCAAUCGGUCGACUUUCUCCUUCGAACCACGACCUCAUCCAUGGUCGACGCCCUCCCCACACCCUAG